CCCAUCACGAACAGCAUGGAUUUCGUGGACAGGCUCUCUAACCUGGCGGGGGCCUCCGCCACCCGCGCCCACGCCGCUCCCCAGAAGCUCUUCGACUUCACCAACCUGUCGCCGGCCGUCAGAUCGCACCUGCAGCAGGUCUACCUGACCCUGGCCGUGGCCCUGUGCCUCUCCGCCGCCGGCGUGUAUGUCUCUGCCGUCACCGGCUUUGCCCAGGGCCUGGGUAUCCUGGGCUUCCUGGUGUCGGUCCCCUGGAUGAUGUCUGUGCCGUCCGUGCCGGCCACGCUGGGCAAGCGCCGCGUCCUGUUUGGCACCGCCGCGCUGUCCCAGGGCCUGCUGGUGGCGCCGCUGGUGCGCGCCACGCUGGCGCUGCACCCGGGCGUGCUCUUCACCGCCUUCGCCGGCACCGCAGGCGUGUUUGCGUGCUUCAGCGCCGCCGCGCUGCUGUCCCCGCGCCGCCACUUCUUCUACCUGGGCGGCCUGCUGUCCUCGGUGCUGUCCACCUUCAUGGUCAUGCGCCUGGCCACCUGGUUCUUCGGCGGCGGCGCGCUGCUGUUCCAGGCCGAGCUCUACCUGGGCCUGGUCGUCUUCUCGGGAUAUGUGGUGUACGACACGCAGGUCAUCGUGGAGCGCUGCGAGGCGGGGGUGGUCGACCCGCUCAAGGAUGCGUUCAAUUUGUUCGUGGACUUCGUAGCCAUCUUCGUCCGCCUGCUGGUCAUUCUGCUGAAGAACGCGGAGAGCAAGGAGCGGCGGGAGAGGGAGCGCGAGUCGCGCCGCCAGCGCGGCGCGCGCACGUCCAGGCUGUGA